CUUUUUUUUUUCAAAGCACGCCGUCUCCACAGAGAACACCACCAUGAGCAGAACCAGAAGCUCGUCCUCUUCCAGAUCGAGCUCCAGGAGGGAGAAGAAGGCCGCCGUCGCCGCCACCACAGCCCCCGCCGUGCAACGGCCGGCUCAAGAAGAAGCUGCUCCUCCAACCCAUGACCCCACCAACCCAUGACCCCACCAAGCUGCCCCCGCCGUCGCCGCCACCACAGCUCCCGCCAUCUUCUUCCCCUCAAGCUUCAAAGUCCAAUCUUUUCAGUUCGCUAAACCCUAGAACCGAACGCGGCGGAACCCCAACCGAAUCCGCAUUUCAAUUCCCCUUCUCCGUUCUCAAAAGCACCGUCGUUACCACCGUAACUGCAGCGGCGCUUUUGUUUGGCAGGUUAUGGGUCCAGCUAAAGCCGGCCCUUGCUUCCCCUGUCCUAACCACGGCCGCCGUGGAGUCUGCAGUCUUAAGCGAGGAAAAGGAGAGG